AUUUCAAUUAAUAAUAAUAAAAUAUAGAAAGAAUAAAAUAAAAUAAAUAGCAACUAAACGCUUUAUAAAGCUCUUAAGCCAAAGAAUAUAAAACGUGUGUCAUACAAAUUAUAAAAAGAAAAUAAACGUGUUGUAAAAAUACCACAAGCUUUAGCAAUAAUAAAAACAAAUUAUCAAAAAAAUUUGUUGGAAAAAACUCAAAGUAAAUUAAUGAAAAUCAUGGUAAUAAAAAUGCAAAAUAUGAGAUUAAUUUUGACAGUGGUGAUGCUCAGCCUAUUGGCCACCACUUAUGCGAUUUCCAGUACCUGGGGUAAUAUAUCAAAUUCCGCCCAGUUGCUGCAUGCAGAGCAAAUAUUCAAUGCUUCAUCGACGGGGAAAUAUGUGACUCAUGAAAUUAAAUUUCCCAAAAAUGGCAUUGGUAAUGGUCGCAUUAUCACCGGCAUCAGAGCAUUCGAUCAGGUGACAAACGGUACGGGUGGACAUGCAACCAUUUAUUCGGGUGGACCUGGUUUCAAUUUUGUCAACAUCAAACUACAGUCACAAUACAAUUAUGGUCUAAUGUUCCGUGUAGAAAUUUAUGGCAAAUAACAAAAAUAAUUUUAAAUAAUAAUAAAAAUAAUGUGUGUUUUUUAUUACUUAUACUUAAAUUUAAAAUAAAAUAAAAGAACAAUAUUUAAUUA